UUUUCGAUCGCCAUGAAGAUUGUUUUAAUUACUCAGGUUGGUAGAAUAUUAUCCUCUUUUGCCAUAAUGUCAACGUCGAAACGUUUGGUCUUGACAGAUUUUGUGUUUCGCGUUUGCUACCAAAGCACCACUAGUUUCGAGAAAGUCUAAGUUAUGUGGGAAUGAACAAUGCGAUGAGGUUUUAUUCAAAGCAAAAGUGAAACGAGAAAUGGGUUCUAACCAUGAAGCAUUUCUAUCGCUUACUCAGGAUGAGUCCAUUGAUGUUACUGCGGUAAAAUUCAGUGAUCGAACUGACUUGAUGGAGGGCGUGCUUAAAGAUGGAAGGCGAGGAAAUUUCUAUAUUAGUGCCAUAGAUAUUGAACCCUAUAUCAAAUUUCUUCGAAAUGCAAUAGAAUAUAAGAAAGAGAUGAUGGAAAUUAGCCAAGAUAGAGCAGAUAUUGGUCCAAAGAAAUUCCUUGAUUUACAUCUCGUGCGAGACUACAAUGUUCAAGCCAGUCGUUAUGCUGAAGAGCAAAACAUUUCUCAACCCGAGCUACUUCCGUUGCCAGACUUGACAGUACCAAAUCUUGGUAGCCAUGGUAAUGAACAUGGGGGCGGAAAUGGACACGGUCAUGGAAUUCUUCAUGGUAGAGAAUGUGAAACAACAGAUGAAAAACUCAAGCCAGUAUCUGUGGAAAAAUUGUCGUCUUCUGACAACCAGAAUUCGGUAAAAUCCGAAGCAGAAUCUAUGAAGGUAAUGCUUAAACAUUGUGAUUCUUGUUAA